AUGGUGGGAUAUUCACCAUCACCAUUGCCAGAAAGAGUGAUUUACGGCUUUGUUCUUUUCUUAAGCUCUCAAUUCGCCCUCAUACUAUCUCUUCUGUGGGCUUUUAUUCCUGAAUCUUGGCUAAACUCCUUAGGCUUAACCUAUUGGCCUCAAAAAUACCGGGCAUUUGCACUGCCUGUCUACCUCCUCAUUACUAUAGUAAUCGGUUAUGUACUCUUAUUUGGGAUAAACCUGAUGAGUACCUCUCCACUCAACUCCAUGUAUACAAUCACAGAAAACUAUGCUAAAAAUCAACAGCAGAAGAAAUACCAAGAAGAUGCCAGCUCAACCUUAAGAGAUAUUCCUAUUAGUGAAGUAAACCAAAUGUUCUUUUUUGCGGCCAAAGAACUUUAUGGCAAAAACUAA